GAUUAAGACAAAUUUCUCGCGUAGUAUUUCUUGCCUGUGUACAUAUAACACACUGUUUGUCCACUAUUCGCCACAGAUGUGAACAGUGAGGGUGUUCAUGGUGACCAUCAGUCAACCAAGUUGACAUUUCCAGAAACCGGAACAAUGCAGUUAGCUUACGUCAGCCAUGUCUUUUUCCUUCUUGCUCUGGCCUACCUUUCUACCAACGCCCAGGCUAGGAUCACCAUUGGCUAUCGCACGGCUUCCAGAGAGGAAGCUGUGCGAAUCAACGCCAAAAAUACACCUGUCAGAAACACAGCCUAUGACAAUAAACCUGGCAGCCAGAUUGGGAAUGGUAUCUACUUAGGUUCCACGCCUGCUGGAUGGCUCGGAUCUCCGAUCAAAAGGAACUGGUAUUGCGUAUUCCAAGCAGAUGAAGCUCUUUUUAUGGCGGCCCCCAAGUUGUGGAUUCCGAAGUCCUAUAAGAGAAACAGCUUCCUGAGAAGCUCGAAAUCUGUACAACUCUGGAAUCAUGGGGAGAUGGCGAUUGCCAAGUACGUUCGUAAAUCCAACUUGAAUGCUGAUAAGACGCUGCGCUUCUCCUACAUCGAGGCGCAUGGGACUCAGUUACAAAUGGUCAUUCCAACUAAGAUGGCGAAUGCAAACUCGUUGGGCUUUUUCGCCAAGUGUUUUGCGACCAAGUCAGAAUUGCUUAGCUACGAAAGCAAGCCCGUAAACUGGUGGUCUUUGGUUAUCAAGGGCGACCCUGGACCUCCUGAACGUCCUGGACGUCCUGGGUAGUGCGCGCUCAAGGGCAUAAUACUGGACGAUGGUGAAAGCUCAAGAAAAGUUGCUCUCAGUAGACUAUAGAAGGAAGUCACUCAUAACAUGGGCUGAGGCUAUUCUGAAUCCGAGCUAUGUGCACUCGGUUACAAGCCCGUUGGGAGUGAAAGGGCAUCCACCUACAUCACAUGACAUAGUUCUCGGUAAUGAAGUUUCAGCACCAUCAUUCACCA